GUUAUUUGGUAAUUGAUUGCGGCGAGUUCAGACACGGAUUAGAAUUGGAAUUAAAAAUUUUUUACUUUUCUUUAAUAAGUCAUAAUAAAAUAAGCACGCCGUGGUUUGCCGAUUGGUUAAAGGUCCGCUCUACCAAUCGGUAGAACCCAGGCUCGAUUUCUGGUUCACAUACAUUCGGGCAGUGUUUUUGUUUAUAACUUUUAGUCGGAUAUCUCUAAAAUUAAGACACUAAGCUGGUUGUUCCGAUCAGUUUAGUAUAAUUUUUUAUAAGUCUAUGAACUAGAAUCGAGAUUUCGUCCUAUGAUUUCUAGCCAAUCAAAGGAACUGGAAUUUAAUUUCUGUUUCUAUACUAAUCCCCAGAGAACAACCCCAAUUCCAUUGCUUCGGAUUCAUUCACCUUCGCCUAUUUGUCAGUUCCCUCAUUGCUCUCAAUGUUCGGAUACAUAUAUCCAAGUUCGCACAUGUUUAUAGUUUUUUUUGUCGGAUGGGAUCGUGUUUCAAUGUCACCAUAAUGGCCAUUACACGUUUUUGAACGGUGCGUUUACUAGAGCUACCAGUACACAUUUUUAGCAAAAAAAAAGCAUUGUGCACGUAAAAAAUUUUCGAUGUUACCCAAUUUGUGUGGCUAGGGAAGCGCAGUAACCCACGAACGUAAAAACGGAGAACGUGUCAGCUGACACGAUCUAUCUUUUGGGAUCUGCGUGUUAACAAAAACUCACCACCUCUCUUUCUAUCAACAGCACACUUGUUAUCUUUCUCCGUAUUUCUACGCUACGCUACGUAUACGUUCGUGGGUAACCGCGCUCUAAGGCGAGACGCGAUAUAAAUUCCUCAGUCGUUAUCUCGCGCCAAUCGACAGCGAAGGCACUAGGCUCAAUGGAAUGAAGUUAGUACAGUAUUUCCCGUAUAUAUGCAUCAUCUAAAAUGCACGAGAUGUGGUUUCCGAUUGGUCUAUGUGUAACUGAACCGUCACGAACGACUACUGCCAAAUAAUACAUUUUCAUUUAAAAUAGGAACAAAUUGAGGUAUCAUUUAUCACCGUGAUCAAGAAAUGCAAUGCUAUAAAUUACAACAUUAAUUUAAUUAUUUAAAUAUCCAGUGAUGAGAAUUUGAGUAACAGCAUCUUUUAGACUUUUUAAGUAAGACCGACGAUUCAUGUAAUUAAUCUUAUGGCGCUUUUGUUUCUACAAAAAAAUGUGGCCUUCUCAUUUCCCUCUUCUUAGUAUUUGUGCGUAGUGGGCAAAGAGAAGGUAAAAUUUUUUUGGUAGAAACGAAAACGCCAUUAGAACUUUCCCAAGUGGCCCAAAGCUUCUGAUGAAUAGAUGCUUGCUUUGAGGAAAGACCCAAGUCAGAAUCAUUUCCAAGGAAAUGCAAACCCAUUGAAUGUUUUUAAAUCCAUUAAAUCGAAAACCGAUUAAUCGAGCCCGUCCGUUACGAUUUUUUGCCGAUUUUUAGUUUCAAUUCGUGAAUCGAUUCAAAAAACUUGAACAAAUCAAUAAUGAACAUCGAUUCGUAAAUUGAUUCAAAAAACUUGAGAAUCGACAUACGGGUUUUCCUCAACUGAUGCAUAUUAAUCUUUGAUUUGCCCUAGAAAACCGAUAGAAUUUCAAAGAAAUUUAAAUUUGAGUCUGGCACAAAACAUUUGAACGAUUUAGCGUCUUCAAAUAAAAUAUUUUAUAUAUAUAUAUAUAUAGGGAAAACUUGAAAGUCGAGCCCCUCCCUGCCCUACUUGGCUAUGCCCAUGAUUAUACCGUUGUCUUGAAAUAUGUAGAAAACCUUUCUUUUUUUCAGAAGUAUUUGAAAUCUAAAUAUUGAAACCGUUAUGAACAAUGUAUGUUUUAAAAAAAUGACUUACAAUGAAUGUUUGCAUUUUCGAUGUUGUUAUUUUUGAUGUAGCGAGUCUUGGAAAAAACGUUCAGACGUGCAGCUAAAUAAGUUUUAAAGAUUUGAUGAUUUUGAAUCUGGAAGUUUUGCUUAUAAAAAUGGUCGAAAGGAUUUUUUUUGCUACGUAGAAACACUUUAAUUCUCUUCAAGAUCACGUGUUAUAUUUAUAAAUAAAUGUGCGAUAAAAUCCAAAACCUGUACAAGUGGUUCACAAGAUAAUUUCAAAAUGAAAAAUUAAUUUUCAGAGCUUAUAAGCGGGAAGAUGACAUAUUUUUCUCUACUUUUGGGUACAAUUUAAAAAUAUACAAACUUUUAAUUAACCUCUCCUCACUGGACACUGCAGAUUAAGACGACGUCUACAUAAGCUGCGAAUUUGAUUUUAAUAUCUUCCCUGAAAUCUUUGGGAAUAAAAGAUGUGUUGUGAUGAGUGGAGGGCACAAUAGACCCACUAGGUCGCGGUGUAUGCCUCUUUAAUUUAUCUAUAUAUCUCAUCUAAAAAGGAGGAGGAUUUUCUUUAAAUAUUUUAGAGCUUAUAAGCGGGAAAUACUGUAACUACAUACACAUACAUAUUUAUAGCAAAGACUUUCACUAAUGUUUUGUUUAUCUUUUGUUGUGUUAUUCAAUAAGUAAUUAGAUAACGGCAUUACAAUAUCUGGUGCGUCCGCAAGUCAUGUAUACAGAAGCUUUUAUAAUAGCUUUAACUGAGCACUUGCUAGGCACUUUUGGACUGAGCUUAAGUCACCUCGACUACAACAAUGCUAGUUAUUAAAUAGGUAGUCGUCCGACAACCAGUUGCUGAGAAUACAAGUUCAGUCACAACGCAGCCGUCUAACAAAUCUCGAUUUAAAUCUGAAAAAAUCGAUCUACAUGCAAACAUUAAGACGCACUAAGUUAAAAGUGUUAAAAAUGUCGGCGAAAUUGGAUGUUGUUAUAUUUGGUGCCACCGGUUUUACGGGGCAAAUCGUGGUGGAGAAGGCGCCAGAGAUAUUGCAGGGCCUCAGCUGGGGCAUUGCGGGGCGUAACAAGAAUAAGCUGGAAAGUGUGUUGAAAACUGCAGGUCAGGCAAUUGGCAAAGAUUUAAGUGCGAUACCGAUUAUCUUGGCAGAUGUAGACGACCGGCUAUCGAUUGAGCAAAUGGCUAGGAAAUGCAAGGUACUAAUCAAUUGCUGUGGCCCAUAUCGGUUCUAUGGCGAGGUGGUGGUUAAGGCCUGCAUUGAAGCCGGUUCGCAUCACUUGGAUAUUAGCGGCGAACCUCAAUAUAUAGACGGCAUGCAAGUGAAAUAUCAUAAAUUGGCGCAGGAGCAGCAAAUUUAUGUGAUUUCAUCGUGUGGCUUCGAUAGCAUUCCAGCUGAAAUGGGUGUAGUGCAUGCAGAGCGAAAUUUUCCAGGUACUGUAAAUAGCUGCGAAAUGUUUUGGGAAAAUAUUCUUGAUUAUCAAGACAAAAGCUCCAAAGCUGUUUUACAUGCCGGCACGUGGGAGAGCGCUAUUCAUGCCAUGGCUAACUUCAGCGAAAGCCAAAGAUUGCAACGUGCUUUGGGCGACACUAAAUUGCCCGAUUUGCAGCCGAAACUCAAAUUUUG